AUGGUCAAACCUUUUUCGUUCAGCGCCUCUCCGGCCUCAGGUCGCAAGGACAAGAAACGACAGCAUGCAACAGUCUCCUCCCCAGGCCUGUCGGACAAGGCUGAGGGGAAGAAGGACGCAUCUAGGAUGCAGCUCGACGACAUUCUUUCCAGCUUGACUGCGGGAACGACGAACGGCUCGGAGAAGGGAAAACAAAGGGAAAAGAAGGAGGUGGAGAAGCCGUUGAAGAAGAAGCUUAAGAACGAGACAAAGGGGACGCAGGUGAGUGCUUUGGAUCUGCUGCUGGGUGUUGGGGGUGGUUCGAAGGAAGGCAAGCCGUUGAGGAAGGAGAAGAAGCCCGACAGUGCUGUCAAGGAUGAAGGUCAGGGUGCUACGAUACGCCACGGUAAGGACAAGCCGAAAGUCAAAGCAUUGGACGACCACGCAGAAGUCCUUGACAGAAACGCCAAGAAGAAGGACCCGGACGCCGCAAGGAAAGAGCAGCGCGAUGUCUCUUCAUUCGCACCGAGUAUGGCUCAGCCGCGAGCCUCGACAGCAACGAAAACAGGCAAGACAUCACAGCACUCCUCACUGCCUCGUACCGAGUCACCCUCGGACGAGCGUCACACUUCUCCGCCAGUCUCGUUCACACGCCCCAUCAAAAGCACUACCACCCCAUCUGAUCGCCCAACACCAGCCCCCUUCGGACAGGCCACGUCAAUCUCCAAACCAUCACAUCCCAUACCCUCCCCCUCUUCCUCAAUCACCGCCGCCGACGAUGACCGCGCCUUCCACACCCUCAAAACAUUCAAGCUCCACCUCCGACAACUCACCGCCGUCCUCAGCUCCCUCUCCACCGAGCUCACCUUGAUCGAUCGAAUAUGGUACAAGAACGCAUCGCAGUUCAAGUCCGCACUCUGGUGGGGAGGUUUCGACUCUGUACGACGUUGUUUGCACCGCGUUUUGCUUCCCUCUUCUCGAGGUGUGAGUCUCGCUCAUUCUGUGGUGUCCGAUUUAACCCUACUCUACGCCAGGUUGGGAGGAGCAGAAUCCAACCUGGUCACAACAGCGUCAACGUCGACCCUCCCCCCAAUACCAAAGUUCACCACCCGUCCGACGCACACGACACUCCAAACUUACCUCUCCUCAUCCCCCUCACACCUCGAACAUACCACUCAACAACUGGAAGCUCUUCAAACAGCCCUCCUCGCGCUCAGCGCUAGAUGUACAACCGCAGGUCGAACGCUCUUGCUGCACCUCAACACUCCACCUGCACCAACCUUCGCUCCGUUGGUUACGGCGUUGAUCGCCUUGCUCGCUGGAGUAGAUGACGCGCUGCAGAGUGUGGUUCCACGAAAGCAUGAUGGUGAGGAGAUGGACAGUACAGCACAAAAGGCGGGAGCGGGAGCUGUAGAGGAGCUCCUCAAGCUGUUACGUGGGCUGGCACAAGAGUCGACCAUCUGA